AUGAAUAUUAAGGUGUUCGAAGUGGCAUCGCUGCGAUUAAUGGAACGUGAACCAAAAUUGAUAUCACUUGAAAAAGCGAUUAAUCCGUUGCUGGAUGAUAAUGAUAUCAUCGGAUUUUCAUUCAUACUCAAUGAAAUUAUUCAAGAAUGCAAGAAUCUACCCAAAAGCGUUGCGUUUCAUACGAAAGUGGAUGCGAAGAAGGUUCAGUUUAUUGUCUCCGUUUGCUCGUUAAAAUUUAAUUGA